AUGCUCCAAAGAACCCUUCCUGCCGGUUCCUCUCCUCCCCAGUCCCCACCUCUGAACACCGGUGAGCGCCGCCUUCACCGCCACCAGCACCAACUCACCGAAUCCAGAGCUCCCGCCUGUCAUCCCGCCGUCGCCCCGGCAUUAGUUCCGCUGUCCUCUACCUCGUGCCUCCCCGCCCGCAGGUCACGCACGACCCCUCGUGUUUCCCCAUCUGCACCGGUGACCUCGACACCCCAUCUGCACCGGCCUUCGUCUCGGUAUCCCUGCUGUUCUGCUCUUCACUCUCGGAUACAACCCACAGCAAUUUAGGUGAAAUUUUGAGGCAUGGAGGAUGAAGAAAACAUCGAGGAAGAACUUUUGCUGGUGGAGUCGCAACUCAAUGGACUACAAGACAAAAUCAAGACAUUACUUGAUCAGCAAGAAGAAUUGUAUGAGCGCCAAGCACAGUUGAAGGCUAUGCUGGAAAUAUCUAAAACUUCCAGAGAUGCAUCAAAUAGUGCCCCUUCAGUUGCUCUGGAAGAUUGGUCUGGAAAGUUCUCAUGGGAUUCUCAGGCUGAUGACACUCGAUUCAAUGUAUUUGGUAUUUCUUCCUACAGGUCAAAUCAACGAGAAAUAAUUAACUCAAUCAUGAGUGGAAAAGAUGUUCUGGUUAUAAUGGCUGCUGGUGGAGGGAAGAGUCUGUGUUAUCAACUUCCAGCUGUACUUCGUGAUGGAAUUACACUUGUCGUCAGUCCUUUGCUUUCGCUUAUUCAGGAUCAGGUCAUGGGACUGGCGGCUUUAGGUAUACCAGCUCACAUGUUGACUUCCACUACCAACAAGGAAAUCGAGAAGUUCAUUUAUAAGGCACUUGAAAAAGGUGAAGGGGAAUUGAAGAUAUUGUAUGUGACACCUGAAAAGAUAUCCAAAAGUAAAAGGUUCAUGUCUAAGCUUGAGAAAUGCCAUCAUGCUGGGCGUCUUUCUCUUGUUGCAAUAGAUGAGGCACACUGCUGCAGCCAAUGGGGGCACGAUUUCCGUCCAGACUACAAGAAUCUGGGCAUAUUGAAGAUCCAGUUUCCCAGUGUUCCCAUGAUAGCUUUAACUGCAACUGCAACAAGUAAAGUGCAAAUGGAUCUGAUAGAGAUGCUUCAUAUCCCAAGAUCUGUCAAGUUUGUCAGCACUGUUAACAGGCCCAACCUUUUCUAUAGAGUAUAUGAAAAGUCAUCAGUUGGAAAGGUUGUUAUUGAUGAGAUUGCAAAUUUCAUAAGCGAAUCAUAUCCAAAUAACGAAUCCGGGAUAGUGUAUUGUUUUUCCAGGAAAGAAUGUGAACAGGUUGCCAAAGAAUUGCGUGGAAGGGGUAUUUCAGCAGAUUAUUAUCAUGCAGAUAUGGAUGUUGUUGCUCGUGAGAAAGUUCAUAUGCGUUGGAGUAAAAGCAAAUCACAGGUCAUUGUUGGAACAGUGGCUUUUGGAAUGGGAAUCAAUAAACCAGACGUCAGGUUUGUGGUUCAUCAUAGCCUUAGCAAAUCUAUGGAGACAUACUACCAGGAAAGUGGUCGGGCAGGGAGAGAUGGACUGCCUUCAGAAUGUGUUCUAUAUUAUCGGCCUGGUGACGUUCCCCGCCAAAGUUCGAUGGUCUUCUAUGAAAACUGUGGUCUGCAAAAUCUUUAUGACAUAGCGCGAUAUUGCCAGUCUAAGAAAAACUGCCGUCGUGGUGCUUUCUUUCAACAUUUUGGAGAGGCCGUGCAGGAAUGCAACGGAAUGUGUGACAACUGUGUUUCCAGUAUUGAGCUCAAGGACAUAGAUGCUACCUACCAUACAAAAAUCACUGUUUCACUUCUCCAAGAAAUGCAACAAAAUGACCAAAGAGCUACAUUGCUGCAGCUAGUGGAUAAGUUCAAAACAAAGUGGAAACAUUCAGGUUGUUCAAAUGAAGCAGUUGAUCUUAAGAAGGAGGAAAUUGAGCAGCUGAUAGUUCAACUUAUACUUGACCGUGUUUUGAAAGAAGAAUUUCAGCAUACUGCAUAUACAACCAAUGCAUAUGUUGUCUUAGGACCACUGUGGAAGCCAGCAUUGCAAGGGAACAGACCGGUGAAGCUAACUAGUGCUAUUCACUCUCAAGAUAGUGGUGAUAGAUUCAAAAGUGCAAAGCGCAAUCAGAUGAGCAAUUUGGAAGCUAAAUUGGAUGACCUGCGUAGAACCAUCUCUUCUCGUAAUGGGGGCAUAUUCCCGCAUGCAGUUCUUUCCACGGAGCAAAUUUCCCUGCUAAACUGCCAUACUCCAACCACUAUUGCCGAGCUAGAAAAGCUGAUAGGGAAGGUAAAGACCGACAAGUACGGUAGCGACAUCAUUGAGGUGAUGUGGUCAGAAACUGGCAGUGGAAAGGACAGUGGUGAUGGAGCUAAGAGGCAAAAGAAAGAUAAGGGUGUUGUUUUCGUUGAGAGUGGCGAGGAGGAAGGCUAGCAUUACCAUGGGUGAGUCAAGUGUGCAUGCUCUGACAAGGUAAUAUACAUUUGAUUUGAGAGGGUAUGUUAGAUAAUGGUCUGGGCUGAAAUGAUUUUUCUCAUCAUUUUCUGAAAAUAAAAUAGUUUUUCUGGUUUGUUUUGGGAAUGGUUUCAUUUGGAUGGGCUGGGGUGGACAGAUGAGAAAUAUAGUUUGGUUUGGUUCAGGCUGUGGAAGAGGACGUUUUAGUUUUGUCUUGGGUAGGCUGAAAGUUUUUGUUCUGAAUUCCUUUCAACCUGUGGUUCCUGUUAGUCCCAUAGUUUUGUGCCGGCUAUUUACCAACCGAGCCAGAGCGGCCAAUCGCUCUCCACCUCCGCAUUCGGCGUGUUUUGCUUGUCAGUGUCAUCUUCUGGCUCUCCACUCCUAUGUCAUCUGGUUCUCGUUGGCGGCGUGUACCCAACAUCUUCUGCUAGGCCAUACUUGUUCAACAUUGGUUGAUAUGAUUUACUGGACAUGCUCACCUUGACAGACCUGAGCAAGAGAUUUCGUUCCUAAUCAUCCCCUUCAUGUUCAGCUCACACCAUAUGGAUUAGUGCUCUCUGACUGCUCCACGUGGAUUGAACUGGAUGUAUAUGUAUGGCAUAUCUUCAUAAGCUAGUUUGCAUGCUGAACUCGAAAGAAACAGGGCUGUAUGGGAUUGUGAACUUGGAUAAGUUUUUCUUGACAUGAUCUUUCUCCAGAUGAAAACUUGGUAUCUUGAUGGUAUUCUAUAUGUAAUUCUUGUGGUGGUCAGAAGUGUAGUUCUUGAUGCUACUAUGAGCUCUUAGAUCUUCCAUGGGGUCUCGAUUUUCAAUUGAUUGAGCUUGUUUCCAUACA